CUCAUUCUCACGUCAUAUGCAAACCUUAAACAUAAAUACAGAACGAGUCUCCUUAAUACCAUCGGAUGCAACCCUUCCAAUCUUUUGACAACAACAACAAAGUCGCGUCCAAACCCUACAAAUCGCGACCAAAUCCUAGAAACCACUGCAGGAAAGUAAAUGGCAUCCAAACCCUAGGAACCGCGAACUUGUAAUACGACAAAGAAGCAGCAGGAGCAGAGGUGGGAGGAGGAGGAGGAGGUACCAACGGUGAGAAAUCCUCUCCGCCUCUUCACCGAGCGUCUCAAUGAGCUUCCGCCAGGGCUCGUGCCGCGACCCUUAGUUCACCCCGGGAACCCUCGGACCACCGCAGGUUUCCGCUCGCAUGCCGCGGGUGCCGGAGAGCACCACUGCCCCGUACGGAAGCCAUCGGCGUCGGCGGAUCCAGCGCGGCGGCAGACGAACCCAACAUUGAAGCCACUAGGCCGUCCUUCCCCGGCGGCCGGCAAGGCCAAUCCGGCGGAGAAGUCCGGGCAGGCAAGGGGAUGGGGAUGGGGAUGGAGACGGGGACUUGGAACGAGAAGACCAUAUACUAGGAGGGGGUUUCUCGCAAAAAGUCGUGGACAAGUGUUGAAUUUUCCGAAUAUCUUAACCGUCUGGAUCAGAUCGGACGGCCCUUAUCCUUCAGAAGUUUGCAAAAAGUUCAGGGUUUCAGACUCUUAAGAAGUUCAGAUUUUUCUAAGAUUUUAGGGUGUCUGGUUUCUAUAAUCUUCAGAGUCUUCUCCUGUCAUCGACAUCGCUAUCGCAGUGUACUUCUGAUUUCUGAACCACCACGGCGAUCUACCCGAUUGCAAGCUCAUCGAUGUCGAUUUCAUUCAUCGAAACCAGGUGCAUGCUGGGCUGUAAUUAAGCCGAUAUGCAGUUGGUGAUUGAAUAUGCAGUUAUCAUGUCAUGCAUAAUUUGUUGAUUCUGAGCCAUUCCUUGGUGAGUUCUCCUUCUGUGGGUUGUUGCGUGUUACGAUGACGGUUGCAAAUCGUGUUGUACUGCAAAUGGGGCGUUGAAAUUCUUGUUAUUAUUGGCUAUUCAUAAAGCCUGAGAUCAUAGAGUGCAUGGUUUUUCUUUUUCUUUUACAACAAAGUAGACAAUACCCCAUUUAAGUAGUCUACAUCAAGAUAGAACAUGGUAUCUCUGUGACGGGACUAAUCAGAAGGAACAAAAAUCUAGUGCAAUCAGCUGAAAAUCCUGGUAAGUACUAAUAUGACAACCCACAAAGAAACUAAGAUUUGAAUGUACAAUGCAAAAAAAAAAAAAGUCAACUAUCAACAUGCUCGAUCAAUUCAAAUGAACAAUUGAAGACUGUGACAGCCAAAAAUAUAAGCUUAAUUGCCUCUUUGCUUUCUUUCGCGCAUCGAGCAAUCAAAGAGCCUGAGAGAAAAAGCGAGAGAAGUUGCAGCUAAUUAGUGAGCAGCAUAGAGCCAUGGCGGAAUCGCUAAUCCUCCCCAUGGUGCGCGGGGUGGCGGCGAAGGCCGCCGAUGCACUCGUACAGAGAGUCACCGGCGCGUGCGGCGCCGUCGACGACGACCGCCGCAAGCUGCAACGCCAGCUGCUGGCCGUCCAGCGCGCGCUGGCCGACGCCGAGGCGAAGAGCGAGACCAACCUCGCCGUCAGGCGCUGGAUGAAGGACCUCAACGCCGCCGCCUACGAGGCCGACGACGUCCUCGACGACUUCCGCUACGAGGCGCUGCGCCGCGACGGCGACGCCACCGCCGGCAAGGUACUCGGCUACUUCACCCCGCACAACCCACUCCUGUUCCGCGUAACCAUGAGCAAGAAGCUGAGCAAUGUCCUCGAGAAGAUGAACAAGCUGGUUGACAAGAUGAACGAGCUUGGCUUGUCAGUGGAUCGCACAGAAUCACCACAAGAACUGAAACCUCCUUAUCUCCAGAUGCAUUCUGCUGCACUGGAUGAAUCAAGUGACAUUGUUGGCAGAGACGACGACAAGGAGGUGGUGGUUAAGCUGUUGCUGGAUCAGCGAUAUGAGCAGAGAUUGCAGGUUCUCCCUGUCAUCGGGAUCGGGGGUUCAGGCAAGACGACGCUCGCCAAGAUGGUGUACAACGACACGAGGGUACGUGACCAUUUCCAGCUGAAGAUGUGGCACUGUGUUUCAGAGAAUUUUGAAGCUGUUCCCCUUCUGAAAUCCAUCGUUGAAUUGGCUACAAAUCGAAGAUGUCAAGUGCCUGACAAGGACACCAUCGAGCUCUUGCGACGGCAGCUUGAGGGAGCCAUUGGUAGCAGAAGGUUUCUGUUAGUUCUUGACGAUGUAUGGAACGAGGAUGAGAACAAGUGGAAGGAUGAACUAAGGCCACUCUUGUGCUCUGCUGCUGGUGGUCAUGGAAGUGUUGUAGUGGUCACAACUCGGAGCCAACAAGUAGCAUCUAUCAUGGGCACCAUGAGAUCCCAUGAACUAGCAUGUCUGAAUGAUGAUGAUUCAUGGGAAUUGUUCUCAAAGAAAGCAUUCAGUGAAGAAGUACGAGAGACAGCAGAAUUGGUCACCAUUGGAAGACUUAUUGUCAAGAAAUGCAAGGGGCUUCCUCUUGCUCUCAAUGCUAUGGGUGGCCUGAUGAGCUCAAAGCAACAACUCCAUGAAUGGAAAGCCAUCGCAGACAGUGCCAGAGACAAAGAUGAAAUACUUUCCAUGCUUAAAUUAAGCUACAGACACUUACCAUCCGAAAUGAAGCAAUGUUUUGCCUUCUGUUCCAUAUUCCCAAGGAACCAUGAGAUGGACAAGGAAGUCUUGAUCCAACUGUGGAUGGCAAAUGGUUUCAUCCAAGAAGAUGGAAUAAUGGAUUUGGAACAAAAAGGAGAAUACACCUUCCAAUAUUUGGUUUGGAGAUCCUUCCUCCAAGAUGUCAAAGCAAAGAAAACUCUGGACCAUUUGGCAGAGCUCCAGCCGUCGACCAUUCUACAAAAGGAAAUUAUGGACAAGGCAUUACCAUAUGAGUCCAUUGGUUGCAAAAUGCACGAUUUGAUGCAUGACCUAGCAAAAGACGUGGCAGACGAAUGUGUAACUUCAGAACAUGUACUUCAGCACGAUGCAUCUGUCAGAAAUGUCCGUCACAUGAAUAUAUCUAGCACUUUUGGUAUGCAAGAAACUAUGGAAAUGUUACAAGUAACAUCAUCUCUCCGUACUUGGAUAGUGCCAUCACCCUUGUGCAGGGAUCUCAAGGAUUUAAGCCUGGCAUCAUUAAGAACCCUUGUAAUUGAAAAGGGAAUCUUCCAUUACCAUUCGGUUAUGUCUAACCAUGUGAUCACUUAUUCGAAGCAUCUACGAUAUCUUGACCUAUCUAUGUCUCAAAUUGUUAUGUUGCCAAGUUCAAUAUGUGUGAUGUAUAACUUACAAACAUUGAGACUCAAUGGUUGCAGCUUUCUAAAAUAUUUACCGGAAAGUAUGGGAAAAAUGAGGAAGCUCCUCCAUCUUUAUCUUCUGGGAUGUGAUAGUUUGGUGCGGAUGCCACCAAACUUUGGUCUUUUGAACAAUCUUCGCACUCUAACAACAUUUGUUUUGGACACUAAAGCUGGUUGUGGAAUUGACGAGCUCAAGAACUUGCGUCACAUUGCCAACAGGUUGGAACUGUACAAUUUGAGAAAAAUUAAUUGCAGGAACAAUGGAAUAGAAGCCAAUCUCCAUCAGAAGGAAAAUCUAAGUGAACUACUAUUGCACUGGGGUCGUGAUAAAAUUUACACACCGGAAAACAGUGCCUACAAUGAGGAAGAAGUGUUGGAGUCACUUACACCUCAUGGUAAGCUCAAAAUUUUAGAGCUGCAUGGAUAUAGUGGCCUGAAGAUCCCACAAUGGAUGAGAGACCCACAGAUGUUGCAGUGCCUAACAACUCUCCGCAUUUCCAACUGUUUAGGAUGCAAGGAUCUAUCAACACUGUGGUUAUCGGUCUCGCUUGAGCAUCUGCAGUUAUCCCGUAUGGAUAAUCUAACCACAUUGUGUAAGAACGUUGGUGUGGGAGCUGAAGGAUACACCAUCCCUCAGCAAGUUUUCCCAAAGUUAAAGUCUCUGAAACUAGAGUUGUUAUUUAGCUUGGAGAAAUGGGCAGAAAAUACUGCAGGUGAGGCUAAGAAUUUGGUUACAUUUCCAGAGCUCGAAAUGCUACAGAUCAUUCGCUGUAGUAAACUUGCAAGUGUCCCAGACUGUCCGGUUCUAAAAGAACUGGACAGAUUUGGAUCUUAUAUGCUUGCAAUGAACGAACUCACACAUCUGACAUCAUUGUCCAAGCUCAAUUACGUUGCAAACAGUCUUUGUGAUUGUGUGAGCAUGCCUUUGGGCUCAUGGCCAUCUCUCGUAGAACUAGUUCUUAGAUCUUCAACACACAUUCCAACCACUCUGCAGGUGGAGGCAAAUCAAGGCCAGCUAGAAUACCUUCGGAGUUUGAGUCUAGUAAACUGCUUCACGGCUGCAUCCGGCUCAUCCGAAAUGCGUCUUGGGCUCUGGAAAUGCUUUGCCUUUGUGGAGGUAUUGCAUAUUCAUAUGUGCCUCAGUCUUGUGUGCUGGCCAACUGAGGAGUUGACGAGCUUGAUUCACCUUCGACACCUAUAUAUUGAGCACUGUCAUAGACUUGAGGGAAAAGGUUCAUCAUCCGAGGAAAAAUUCAUGUCACUGUCCCAUCUAGAGAGGUUACACAUACAACACUGCUACAAUCUACUGGAGAUCCCAAUGCUGCCUGCAUCCCUGCAGGAUCUGCGGUUAGAAUCUUGCCGAAGAUUGGUGGCAUUGCCUUCGAACCUUGGAAAUCUGGCCAUGUUAAGGCAUCUUUAUUUGAUGAACUGCUAUGUCCUGAAAGAUCUUCCUGAUGGGAUGGAUGGCCUCGUUUCCCUUAAAAUUUUGGAGAUUCAGGCAUGUGCAGAGAUAGAGGAAUUCCCACAGGGUCUCCUCCAGCGACUUCCAACACUGAAAGAACUGUCCAUACAAGGGUGCCCUGGAUUGGAAACACGGUGCAGAGAAGGUGGUGAGUAUUUUGAUCUUGUCUCUUCCGUUCAACGUAUAUGCAUUCCAGCAGCAGCGAAAACAGAAAUGGAGGAGGAAUCAAGGUCUGGAAUCUAACCUGAAGAAGCUUGUAAAAAGGCUCAUCCCCUCCUGCUGACUCUCAAAUGAGGUGCAUACGCUUUGCUCUUCCAUUAUCUCACUCUUGUCACCAUGCAAAGGUCCAGAAUUGUUUCCAUGCUUCUUCUUCCAUUAUUGUCAAAGUGUGAGAAUAAUGAUUGUGGUAGGAUAUAAUUCACUCUAGAUCGUAUCCUUUUGUUGUUGGAACUGUUUCUUAGAAGAACAGAUUGUUUCAGGCUGAAGACACCUCCAGCUUCACCACUGUUUCCUUCCAUAGAGAUGGAAACCAACACCUCUCUUUUUUUUUUUUUGCUGGGUUGGCCGAAAAUAACUCCUGUCAAAUGGCUUUCCAGAAGGAGUUACCAAUCUCUCGGCCAGUCAAACCUUCAGCUUCCAGGCUCUCAGGAAAGACAGGGGCAACAAAAACAUUACUGAGAUCAAUGUUACCAACACCUGACUCUUCAUCAAAGAAAAACAUAUAUAGAGGGGCUCCAGCUCCAUCGUCCAUCUCCAAUGAGAAGAGGUCAACUUACGCAGCCAUAAUGAGCAGACACCAGAAACCAGUUGCUGCAACUGCACCUACAGCUUCUACUUCAAGUAGAAAUGCACCAAGUUACACUCUGACAGAUGCUAUGUAAGCCAAGGUAGUAGUACAAGUGCACUCAAGAAAGUGAUGAAACCUGAGCUCCCUUGCAAUGCACUGAAGAAUCUGAUCAAAACUGGAACUUUUUUUUUUGGAAAUUUAAACUGGAACAAUAUUGACACGCCGUGCACAAUCGACAGCGAAAGGUUGGUAUAGAGAUUCAACGUUAGGUGCAGAUGAUAUAGGAAGUGGCAGCACAAGAAGGCAGGCAUGCCCACCUGCUGCAACCAGAGGCACCAAGGAGCUGCAGUUAGAUGGUAAGCAGAACAGCUGAGGAAGCCGUGUAUCUUUCUUUUGCCGGCAAUUUCAUUGUCAGAUCAGAUGUUAGACAACCCCCUUUCUUAAUACUACAAAGAUGUGCAAGUCUUUUGCGUGUUCCCUAAAAGCAGCUAAGAUGAAGGCUGUGAUUGGCAGCAAUGUCUCUCCUUAUAAUAACAGUGGCCAUGCCAGCUAGGCCAUAUUGAUGAAGGGUGUGAGAAGAGCAGAUGGGAAGGAUGAACAAAGGCCAUGAUUUUCAAAACCAGGCGAAGAAGUGAACAUGCCAGUUGAUGUAAAUUUGUGAGACUGUUUCCUAGCGUUCUGUCAUGUUUGUGCUCCUUUCUCUAUUUUUUUUAAUGUAAAAGUAGGAAAGCGGCUAGUAUUUCAUUGAACGGAAAGAACUCCUUUCUUUUUCUUAA